GAAUUAUUAAUUUUUUGGUCACUAUCGUGGCGACUACUAAAUGUGCAACGAGGAAACUACAGUAAAAAAAAUGUCCCGUGAAGAAAUUAAACCACGUAUUAAGGAAGUCUUAAUGAUACACAUGGGAGGUACCAUUGGAGCCAAAACAAACGAAAAUGGUGGUCUUUACACCUCCGAAAAAUCUGGUAAUGACGAAACCGGCGUAGGAACAAAAGAGAAACCUUUCAAAACACUUAUUUGUGCUAUACAGCAUAUCGGUACAGAAUCUUUUCCGACCAUUUACGUACACGGAAAAGAAGGUGAAAGAUACGAACUCGCUUCAAAAUCGCAGCUGAAAAAGAUUCAGAAAGUUUGGAUAAAAGAAACCCAUAAACAAGCCGAUAUCUCAAAACAAGAGGAAGACGAUGCAGCCAAACGCACAAAGAAUCUAGAAGAGGCUAAAAAGAUUGUUAUUGCAGAGGAUAAUUCGUUACCAGAAGCCAAACGGAUCAAAAUAUGCCAAGGAAAAGAGUACAGAAAUCAAAGAGUGAAGAUUUAUGGUUGGGUUCACCGGCUUCGCAGACAAGGAAAAAAUUUGAUGUUCGUAACGUUAAGAGACGGCACAGGUUUUGUACAAAGCGUACUGACUGAUGUCCUUUGUCAAACGUACAACGCUGUUGUACUGUCGACAGAAUCCACGAUUUUGUUAUAUGGGACACUUAAAGAAGUACCAGAAGGAAAAACUGCUCCGGGUGGUCAUGAAUUAAUUGUCGAUUAUUGGCAGCUGAUAGGAUUGGCACCACCUGGUGGUGCUGAUUCUAUAUUAAAUGAACAAGCAUUACCAGAUGUUCAAGCUGAAAACAGACAUAUUAUGAUACGUGGCGAAAACACAUCUAAGGUUCUGAGAAUGAGAUCAGUUCUUCUGCAAGCAUUUAGGGAUCAUUAUUUAGAUCGCGGUUAUUGUGAAGUAACACCGCCUUCCAUUGUUCAAACUCAGUGUGAAGGAGGCUCGACUUUGUUUAAACUGGAUUACUUCGGCGAAGAGGCGUACUUAACCCAAAGUUCUCAACUUUAUUUAGAGACUUGUCUGCCAUCUAUGGGUGACGUGUUUUGUGUAGCUGAAAGUUUCAGAGCUGAACAAAGCAGAACUAGAAGACACCUCGCUGAAUAUACGCAUGUUGAAGCUGAAUGCCCGUUCAUUACAUACGAAGAUCUACUAGAUCGUCUAGAAGACCUCAUUUGUGACGUUGUAGAUCGCGUUUUAAAGUCACCCUAUGCAGACAUUGUGUACGAACUCAACCCGAACUUUCAAGUCCCCAAAAAACCAUUUCUAAGAAUGAACUACCCCGAGGCCAUUGAGUAUUUAAAAAAGAACAAUAUUACUAAAGAAGAUGGUUCAUUUUAUGAAUUUGGAGAGGAUAUUCCAGAAAUGCCCGAACGUAAAAUGACCGACCAGAUCAACAAACCAAUCAUGCUGUGCCGCUUUCCAGCCAAUAUUAAGUCUUUCUACAUGUCUAAAUGUCCGGAAGAUUCACGUUUGACUGAAAGUGUUGACGUGUUGUUACCCAAUGUUGGUGAAAUUGUUGGCGGAUCCAUGAGAAUCCACGAUUUGAAUGAAUUGUUGGAAGCGUAUCAGAGGGAAGAUAUUGACCCUACGCCAUACUUUUGGUACACAGAUCAAAGAAAAUAUGGAACUUGUCAACAUGGCGGUUACGGACUUGGAUUAGAAAGAUUUCUUUGUUGGUUGUUGAACAGGUAUCACAUUCGCGAGGUUUGCUUGUAUCCCCGUUAUUUGCGCCACUGCAAACCUUAAUAAAUAUAACGUACUCAACUGUAUUCAUGCUAAAUGAUAACCUAUUAAAUCAUAAGUGUCAUUACUAUAAAAUUAGUAAAUAGGUGUGUUAUCAGGGCAAUCAAAAGAAGCUAUGCAUGUAAAUCACAAUAUUUUAAUAAAUAAAAAAUAAGAAACAA